AUGAUUAGGAACAGGACUAAGGCGAACGGGGUCAACUGUUGUCUGUCUCAACUGAAAAGGGGAAAAUCACGCACCGGGUUAGUCAUCCAGGCGGUUGACAAUCUCGUUAUCUGUUAUCAGAUACUGUAUUCUCCCAAGCAUAUCACUAUCAAAAUGGCUCCGAUCCGUUCAAUCAAGAAAGCGACAAUCGCCAAGAAGCCCUCCAGCGGGAAGGGCAUCCCAUCCCCCAAAGCUAGUGCAUUCGAGGACGACUUUCGGACCACAAAAAGGGAUAAGAGAUCGAUUAAACACGCCAGCUUUGUAUCAAAAAUUGAGAAGAGCUCCUCGAAGGCUCCAAAGCGCCGGCGCGCUUCAAAGAAGCUCAUUGCCAACCUGGAAUCACUCGCCGAUGCCUUACCCGAGACAGAAAUGGAGAUGAACGAUCCCAGCAAUCAAGUGAACAUCAUCAAACAGAAGACACUUAAGCAUAAACCAGGUGCGAUGAAGCGCAGGCAUAAACUGGAGAAAGUUGAGCGGGAUCGGUUUGCGAAGAACAUGGCGCAGAUGGCCAGUAUCCAAACGAAUGCAACAGCAGAGGCAGAGUCUAAGGACGAAACUGGCUCAACAUCGAACCGUUGGGCAGCGUUACGGAACUUCAUUUCUCAAACCAUAGAGCAACAGCCAGCCUUUAAAACCAAUUCAUGA